AUGGCGGCAGAGAGUUCGAGAAGGGGAAGGGUGAUGCUAGGUAGGUUGGGGACAGCAAAGCUGUGUAAUGGAGAAUGUGGCUCAACAUGGGAGUGUCCAGAGAAGUGGCAUGAAUCAUUAGAUGGAGACUGCAAACUACUGAAGAAAUGCAUUGAAAUAGCACGGAGUUGUUGUGACCAUGACCCACAUAGCAGACCUACUAUACAUAACAUAAUACUUAUGCUAGAUGAGACAGAAACUAUGAUUCAAAUGAUUCCUCCGUCUAUUAAUACUGAGCCAAGAAAUGACCCAAUGUCUUCAUUGUACCAGGUGGUGCAAAGAUUCCGUGCGCUGCCUGAACGAACUAUCAAUGAGCAUUCCAGAUUGGUUGCUAUAUAUGAAGAUCUUAAUGCCCUGGAGCAUAUACUUGAGGGGAGGCAGAAGCCCAACAAUCUAUCAUAUUCACUUCUACAGUUCAUGACUAAAAAUUUUUCUGUUGAGCGAAAGAUGGGUAAUAAUGAAUUUGGAGAUUUUUUCAAGGUUGUUGCUGUAGUAAGGCUUUCUGGGAGCCUCAAAAUUAAUGAUAGGAUGUUUCAUGGGGAGGUUAAAAUCACAAUGACGGCUCAGCACCAAAACAUAGUACGAUUUCUAGGCAACUGUUCUUAUGCUGCAAAAGAAGAGGCAUCAAUACAUGGGAAAACUACCAACACGGAGAUAAGAGAAAGGUUGCUUUGUUUUGAGUAUCUAAGCAAUGGCAGCCUAAAGAAGCAUAUUUCUGGUACAAUAAAAAAACUUAGCAAUACCUAG